UGUAUAUGGUUGGAAUAUGACAAGGAGAGAGAGAGAGAGUUUUACUUUGCCGAGGAGCCUUCACCGGAAGAUUGAAGGCCUUCUUCAAACACGCUCAUCGCAUCAGAGAUCUCACCAUUGGACUUACAACGCCUAAUUUAUGCAUGGCCACAACAUAUUCCAAGACGAUAUUCCCAGUCAUCUUGGAACAGAUGCGCUUGCGACUCACGGACCCGUCCCAUCCUCCGAUCUUCCUCAAUCUACUUACCGUGAAAUGCCGGUGGCGGCCAACCCUUGGGAUCGUCUCAGAUUAUAUUCCUCGUCUAUCCAAUUCCCAACUCCGUACCGUCUGGAUCUCCGCAAGCACUCAAGGCCCCAGAGAGGUCGAGAAGUACAAUGAAUUCUUGUCAUCGAUGAAGGCUGGUUAUGACAACGUGGAGAUUCUCAGUGUGCUCUCAGGUUUCUCCACGAAGGACGUCUUCGGCAGCAGCUCACCCCAGCUGUCGGAAUAUAUCGCCAGUCUGCAUGCCCUGCGGGUGUUUCGCAGCAAUGUCCUCAUCGACGAAGCAGCUGUACGACACUUAUCACUAUCUCGCCAUCUCACGAAUCUCAGCUGUUGUGUCUCGGAGCUGCCACAGCUGACCAUUCGAGCUCUGCUCCACGUCGCAAAGCACUGGCCGGAUCUCUAUCAGCUCAGGCUCCCCGUCGAUGCUUUGGACAGUAACCAGGAGCUUCUUGGUAGCUUGAAGGCCGAUGAACUCGGAAGGUGUCUCAGAACUCUCGAGAUGUACUCACCGUUCUCUUACGUGGACGACGCCAGAGGGGUCGCUCUGUUCCUCUGUAACUUGUUUCUGAACCUAUUCAGCGACACGGACCUUGCCGUGAGUCAUG